UGGAAGAACCGACCGGCGCAGAGCUGACUUAGCGCUUGGUGACUUAAACGCGCGUUUCGGUGAGUGUCGGCCGCGUCUUGCGAUAAACAGUAUUGUUUUGUACACACCGUUUGUUUACUGGUGGAUUACAAUAACAUCUAUAGUGUGUGCCUGCACCCGAUGUAUUUCUUCUGAGACAGGACUUUUGCAUCAAGUGGAAUGCUUAUACGACUGCAGACGGCCCUCGCGGUCGUCAUCCUGAUCUGUUGCAGGAUAUCAGCACAACAGGAAACAACCAACUUGUUCACGUGUCCGAAUGGUUGGGACCUACGAGGACUGCACUGUUAUAAGUUCUUCAACAUUAGACAUUCCUGGGAAAAAGCGGCAGAAUUAUGUAGAAGGUAUGGCAGCGAUUUGAUGUCAGUGGAGUCAUACGGUGAAAAUAAUUUAACGGCAUCGAUUGCUGCGUCCACCGUAGCCGGCGACCGCCGCGGAACGAACCAUUACUGGUUGGGUUUAGCUUCGUUGGAUGACCUCAAAACCAACACCUUAGAGUCCGCAUCGGGAACACUAGCGUCUCAAUACUCAGGUUUCUGGUCACUGCAACAGCCCGAUCCGAAAGCCGGCGAAUGUGUUGACGUCACAUUGACCGAGGAGAAACAAUCUUGGGAGCUGACAACAUGCGAGAGUCUGCUGCCAUUCAUGUGCAGAGCUCGCGCUUGUCCCUCCGGCUCCUUCCACUGUUCCAAUGGCAACUGCAUCAACGAUGCAUUCCGUUGCGAUAAACAGGAUGAUUGCGGCGACUCGUCCGACGAAAUAGACUGUCCAUCUAAUUGCAACUAUUAUUUAGCUAGUAGUGGUGAUGUGGUUGAAAGUCCUUACUACCCACAGAAAUAUGCGCCGCUCACGAAUUGCAAGUGGACGUUGGAGGGCCCGCAAGGACAUAAUAUUCUUCUACAGUUUCAAGAAUUCGAGACGGAAAAGUCCUUCGACACCGUGCAAAUUCUAGCAGGCGGUCGUUCCGAGGAGACGUCCAUAAACUUGGCCACUUUAUCCGGCAAGCAAGAUCUUACCAAUCGUUCGUUUGUGUCGGCGAGCAACUUUAUGAUAAUCAAAUUCAGCACUGACGCCUCGGUUGAAAGAAAGGGUUUCCGCGCUUCUUGGAAGACCGAGCCUCAGACAUGUGGUGGUAUGCUACGCGCCACUCCGCAGGGACAGGUUUUAACCUCGCCUGGCUAUCCUGAACAAUACCCGGGUGGCUUGGAGUGCCUUUAUGUAAUUUCGGCACAGGCUGGAAGAAUAAUUACUCUCGAAAUCGAUGACCUCGAUUUGGACGAUAUGCGUGACUACAUUCUGGUGCGAGACGGCGACUCGCCCAUGAGUCAACCAAUCGCGCGGCUCACUGGUGACUUGGAGAAAAAUCAACGUAUCAUCAUGUCCACUGGCAAUCAGCUGUAUUUGUAUUUCAAAACUAGCCUGGGUGACUCAAAGCGUGGAUUUAGAAUUCGCUAUGCGCAAGGAUGUCGUGCAACCAUAGUUGCGCGAAAUGGUUCUUUGACCUCACCAGCAUUUGGUCUCUCCAACUAUCCUAGCAAUCAAGAGUGCCUCUAUAAAAUUCGCAAUCCCGGCGGUGGUCCACUAUCUUUAAACUUUGAUAGUUUUGAUGUAGAUAAGUCGGAUGUUGUUCAAGUGUACGAUGGACCAACCACAAGCGGCUUGCGGUUGCACAGUGGUAAUGGUUUUACCCAGAACGCGGCUCCAAAAAUCACAUUAACUGCUUCUAGCGGCGAGAUGUUGAUUCGAUUUGCUUCAGAUGCGCUGCACAGCAACAAAGGUUGGAAGACUGUGUUUUCGGCUGAUUGUCCAUCUUUACAACCUGGCGUUGGCGCGUUAGCUUCCAGUCGUGACACGGCUUUUGGUACCAUCAUCACGUUCACUUGUCCUACAGGGCAAGAGUUUGCAACUGGACGCACGCGUAUCACGACUCAAUGCCAACAUGGCGGCAAUUGGUCAAUCACAUAUAUUCCUAAAUGUCAAGAGGUUUACUGCGGACCUGUACCACAAAUCGACAAUGGUUUUUCCAUUGGUUCAACCAACGUGACCUACCGUGGAGAGGCUAUGUACCAAUGUUAUGCUGGAUUUGCGUUUUCUACAGGACAACCAAUUGAAAAAAUCUCGUGCUUGGCUGAUGGUCGUUGGGAGAAGAAACCGGCGUGUCUUGCAUCCCAAUGCGUUGCGUUACCGGAAGUCCCGCAUGCAAAUGUAACUAACUUGAACGGUUUGGGACGAAGUUACGGUACUAUUGUACGUUAUGAAUGUGAGCCCGGUUAUGUACGUUCUGGACAUCCGGUAAUUCUCUGUAUGAGCAAUGGCACGUGGUCUGGUGAUGUUCCAACUUGUUCUCGCGCACGGUGUCCUGUUUUCCCCGAAAUCAAAAACGGAUAUAUUACCGACACAUCUAGGACAUAUUUCUACAACGACGAAGCGCGUGUACAGUGUUAUAAAGGCUACAAACUGAUUGGCAAUAGCGUGCUGAGGUGCGGCGAGCGUCAGGAAUUCAACAACCCGCCUAAAUGUGAAGACAUUAACGAAUGUAUCAGCAGCCAAUGCGACGUCGCGUCAACUGAAUGCGUCAAUGCGCCUGGAUCUUUCUCAUGUAAAUGUCGCAAAGGUUUCACGCCUACGUUAGAUUGCAGACCCGUAGGCGAUUUAGGCUUGAUCAAUGGAGGUGUUGCCGAUGAUGCCAUUACUGUAUCCAGUACCGAGGAAGGCUAUACAAAGGGGAUGCUUCGUUUGAGCAACGGACAAGGUUGGUGCGGAAACACUCUGGAACCCGGUUCCAACUAUGUUACCAUUGAUUUGAAGGCGCCUACAAUAAUUCGUGGAUUCCGUACUAUGAGUGUCACCCGGCCGGAUGGCAACUUGGCGUUUACAUCAGCUGUUCGUAUUCAAUACACAGAUGACCUCACGGACAUUUACAAGGACUACAGAAAUCCUGAUGGUACUGCGGUUGAGUUCAGAAUUUUGGAACCCACCUUAUCCAUUUUGAAUCUUCCGGUUCCAAUUGAGGCUCAGUAUAUUAAAUUCAAAAUCCAAGACUACGUUGGCGCUCCUUGCAUGAAACUCGAGAUAAUGGGCUGCACACGUUUAGAAUGCGCAGAUGUUAAUGAAUGCAAUACAAACAACGGUGGGUGCGACCAAAAAUGCAUCAACAAUCCGGGCGAUUACUCUUGCAGUUGUAAUGUCGGUUUUGAUCUGUACACGAAAAAUGGCACCUCCGGUUACAAUAUUGAGCGCAGUGAAAACGGUCUUCGAGACGGUGAUACUUAUCAGGUGAAUAAAUCGUGCGUGCCAAUUAUGUGUCCGAAUCUACAGGCACCGGACAACGCGGUCAUUCUAUCGACAAAAGAAAAAUACCACUUUGGUGAUUUAGUGCGCUUCCAAUGCGAUUUCGGCUAUGUAAUGACUGGGUCCUCGGCUUUAUUGUGCACAUCCACUGGAGCGUGGAAUGGCACAAUUCCCGAAUGCAACUACGCGAAAUGCGUGUCAUUGCCUGAUGACAAGAAUGAAGGUCUGCGAGUUAUUCGUCCGGAUGAGACUAGCGUUCUAGUGCCUUUCAGAGAAAACGUGACGAUGAAUUGUGGAAACGUAGGCAGACAAUUACGAAAAACUGCAACGUCAGGUUUUAGGCAGUGCGUAUAUAAUCCGAAACAAGGUCUUCCGGACUAUUGGCUUAGUGGAGCAUUACCUUCAUGUCCCAGGGCUGAUUGUGGUACCCCACCACCAACACCUGGUGCCGAAUAUGGCAAAUACUUGGAUACCAAAUACCAAUCUUCCUUUUUCUUUGGUUGUCAGAAUACAUUUAAACUAGCAGGUCAAAGCAACAAACACGAUAAUGUGGUUAGAUGUCAAUCGAAUGGUGUAUGGGACUUUGGUGAUCUUAGGUGUGAGGGCCCAGUGUGCGAAGAUCCUGGUCGACCUAGUGAUGGUUUCCAAUUAGCUAGGAGCUACGAACAAAGUUCUGAAGUUACUUUUGGUUGCAACCGACCGGGUUACAUACUUAUUAACCCAAGACCAAUUACUUGCGUACGUCAACCAGAGUGCAAAGUUGUAAGACCUUUAGGUCUUGCUUCCGGAAGGAUACCAGAUUCCGCCAUCAACGCAACAAGCGAGAGACCUAACUAUGAAGCAAAGAAUGUUCGAUUAAACUCGGUCACUGGUUGGUGCGGUAAACAAGAAGCAUUCACCUAUGUGAGUGUUGACCUGGGAAAAGUUUUCCGUGUGAAAGCUAUUUUAGUAAAGGGAGUAGUUACAAAUGACAUUGUUGGACGCCCAACAGAAAUUAGGUUCUUCUACAAACAAGCCGAGAAUGAAAACUAUGUUGUGUACUUCCCCAACUUCAAUUUGACUAUGAGAGAUCCCGGAAACUACGGCGAAUUGGCCAUGAUUUCUUUACCAAAAUAUGUGCAAGCGCGUUUUGUUAUUCUAGGCAUUGUAAGCUACAUGGACAAUGCUUGCUUGAAAUUUGAACUCAUGGGUUGUGAUGAACCUAAUGAAGAUCCUCUUCUGGGUUAUGACUAUGGAUACUCUCCGUGUGUUGAUAAUGAAACCCCAGUAUUCCAAAAUUGUCCACAACAACCAAUCGUUGUGCAGAAAGAUCAAAAUGGUGGAUUACUUGCCGUCAACUUUACGGAACCGACAGCUGUGGAUAAUUCCGGAAGUAUUGCUCGCUUGGAAGUUAAGCCACAGAAUUUCCGCACACCAAUGUACGUGUUUGACGACACGGUCGUAAAAUAUGUCGCUUUCGAUUACGACGGUAACGUAGCCAUCUGUGAGAUUAACAUUACCGUGCCCGACAAUACACCGCCUCAGCUAAGUUGUCCGCAGAGCUACGUGAUUGAAUUAGUGGACAAACAAGAUAGCUACGCUGUAAACUUCAACGAAACGAGACGUCGACUCAACGCCACUGAUGCAUCUGGCGAGGUCCACAUACAAUUUAUUCCCGACAAAGCGACAAUCCCAAUCGGCACGUUUGAGAACGUCACGGUUGUUGCGACGGACAAAUAUGGUAACAAAGCCACUUGUCACUUCCAAGUUUCAGUACAAGCCACACCAUGCGUUGAUUGGGAACUUAAAUCACCUGCAAACGGAGUAAUAACUUGUUUAGAAGGUGAUCGAGGUUUACAGUGCAUUGCUAAAUGUAACGACGGUUACCGAUUCACCGAUGGCGAGCCAAUCAAGACAUUUGGCUGUGAUUCCAAGACACCAUGGAAGCCGACGUCGGUGGUACCCGAUUGCGUUUCCGAGGAUACACAACAAGCAGAUUACCACGUAACUGGUUCAGUUCGUUAUCGUGCCAACGGUGCUGUGGCACACGCAUGUUUGAAUCAGUACACGGACCUGUUGUCGCAGUACUAUGAAACACUGAAUCGUAUGCUGUCACAACGCUGUUCUGCUGUUAACGUAAACAUGAAUGUCUCUUUCGUCAAAGCGACGCCGGUCUUAAUUGAGGAAAAUGUCGUUAAAAUCGACUUUGUCCUCGAUGUUAUUCCUGUCAUUAGACAACCGCAAUUGUACAACUUAUGUGGGUCUACUUUAACGCUUAUCUUUGACCUGUCCGUACCGUAUGCAAGUGCAGUUAUUGAACCGUUGUUGAACGUUUCCGCAAUUGGGAACCAAUGUCCGCCAUUACGCGCGCUUGCGUCUACUAUCACCCGGGGAUUCACUUGUAACAUCGGUGAAGUUUUAAAUAUGGACGAAAAUGAUGUUCCACGUUGCUUGCAUUGUCCCGCUGGUACUUUUGCUGGUGAAAAACAAAAAGAAUGUACGUAUUGCCCGAAAGGAUACUACCAAAACAGCGAUCGUCAAGGUGCUUGCCUGCGCUGUCCUUUGGGAACUUAUACUAAAGAGGAGGGUUCAAAGAGUAUUCAUGAUUGCGUCCCUGUUUGUGGUUAUGGUACCUAUUCGCCUACUGGACUUGUACCUUGUCUUGAAUGUCCUCGUAAUAGCUACACUGGUGAACCACCAACUGGUGGCUUCAAGGAUUGCCAGGCGUGUCCAGCAAAUACCUUUACUUAUCAGCCGUCUGCACCUGGCAAAGAUCGUUGUCGACCAAAAUGCGGCCCUGGACAAUAUUCAUCUACAGGCCUUGCCCCAUGCUCUAUGUGCCCACGAGACUUUUACCAACCCCUAAGUGGACAAACCACUUGCAUGGAAUGUCCUACCAGUAUGAAGACUGAUGGUCCUGGUGCAACCAGUCGAUCGGAAUGCUUACCAAUCCAAUGCACAGAAAACGCUUGCCAACAUGGUGGAUUAUGCGUACCAAUGGGUCAUGGAAUUCAAUGUUUCUGUCCUGCAGGUUUCUCCGGUAGACGUUGUGAGGCUGACAUCGAUGAAUGUUCCUCUCAACCUUGCUACAAUGGAGCAACAUGUAUUGAUCUACCACAAGGCUAUCGCUGUCAAUGUCCACCAGGUUAUUCUGGCAUUAAUUGCCAGGAAGAGAGAUCCGACUGUAGAAAUGACACUUGCCCAGAACGGGCUAUGUGCAAGGAUGAACCAGGUUAUAACAAUUACACUUGUCUGUGUAGAGCGGGUUACACAGGCGUCGAUUGCGACAUGACUGUAGAUCCAUGCUCAAACAAUGGUAGCCCAUGUAAUAAUGGAGCUACUUGCGUUGCUCUGCAACAAGGACGUUUUAUGUGUGAAUGUCUACCGGGAUGGGAAGGACAAACUUGUGAAAUUAACACAGACGAUUGCGCUGAACAGCCAUGUCUUCUAGGUGCCAAUUGUACGGACUUGGUUGAUGAUUUCAGUUGUGCGUGUCCUUCAGGUUUUACAGGCAAGCGUUGUCAAGAGAAAAUCGAUCUCUGCUCAAAGAGUCCAUGCAAAAAUGGAAUUUGUGUCGAUAAAUUAUUCUACCAUCAAUGCAUUUGCCAACCUGGAUGGUCCGGUGAAGCGUGUGAAGUGAAUAUCAACGAUUGCAUGAAUGAUCCAUGUGAAAAUGGCGGUCAGUGUAUUGACGGAAUAAACGACUUCAAUUGCACGUGCGAGGCUGGUUUUACUGGUAAACGAUGCCAACACAAUAUCGACUACUGUUCAGCUGAACCAUGCCAGAACGGAGCAACAUGUACUGACCAAGUUGAUGGUUUCUUAUGCAAGUGCCGGCCCGGAUAUGUGGGCCUUCAAUGCGAAGCUGAAAUUGAUGAAUGUCUUAGCGACCCGUGCAAUCCAUUAGGUACAGAGAAAUGCGUAGACUUAGACAACAAAUUCCAAUGCAUGUGCCGCGAAGGAUUUACGGGCAUAUAUUGCGAGGAAAAUAUUGAUGACUGCAAGUCGGACCCUUGUCUCAAUGGAGGUUCUUGUCGUGAUGAAGUUGGUGGAUACAAAUGUUUGUGUCCGCAAGGUUGGAACGGGGCUAAUUGCGAAACUGACAUUGGUACCUGCCAGAAUAAGCCGUGCCAGAAUGACGCCAGAUGUAUAAACUUGUUCCAAGAUUACUUCUGCGUGUGCCCAUCUGGAACUGAUGGCAAACAGUGCGAGACUGCGCCAGAGCGUUGUAUUGGUAAUCCUUGCAUGCAUGGAGGCAAAUGUCAAGAUUUUGGAUCUGGAUUGAACUGCUCUUGCUCGAAUGGAUUCUCUGGUAUUGGUUGUCAAUAUGAAUAUGAUGCUUGUCAAACAAACGAUUGUAAAAAUGGCGCUACGUGCACGAACCACGGCAAAGGAUUCCAAUGCAUUUGUCCGCCGGGUUACACUGGACGGUUCUGCGAGGAAGAUAUUAUUGAUUGCAAGGAAAACUCCUGUCCACCAAGUGCAACUUGUAUUGAUUUGACUGAGAAGUUCUUCUGUCAAUGUCCAUUUAAUUUAACUGGUGAAGACUGCAGAAAAACUAUAUCGGUUGAUUAUGACAUGUACUUCAGUGAUGCUUCAAGAAGUUCCGCAGCGCAGGUUAUUCCAUUCUACACCGGAUCUAAAUCCAGUUUUACCAUAGCCAUGUGGAUCCAAUUCACAGAAAAAGACGAAAACGGCAUUUUCUUCACAAUGUACAGCGUCACUUCUAAACACAUGCCCACAAACAGACGUCCUAUUGUUCAAGCUCAUUCGAGUGGAGUUCAAAUAUCUCUCUUCCCAGACAUCCAAGACGUUUAUUUGAGUUAUCGUGAUUAUACUACCAUUAAUGAUGCGCAGUGGCACCAUAUUGCUGUAGUAUGGGAUGGUGAAAACGGUGGUGAAUUGAAACUUAUUACAGAAGGUCUAAUUGCUAGUAAAGUAGAAGGAUACGGCAGUGGUAGAAAACUACCAGAAUACGCCUGGGUAACAUUGGGUAAACCUCGUUCUGGAAAUCCAAAAGGUUACACCGAAAGCGGUUUCCAGGGACAUUUGACAAAGGUGCAGAUUUGGGGACGAGCCCUUGAUGUAACUAAUGAAGUGCAAAAGCAAGUACGUGAUUGUCGUACUGAACCAGUAUUAUAUCGUGGUCUAUUGCUAACUUGGGCGGGAUAUGAAGAUACCGCUGGAGGUGUAGAAAGAAUUGUUCCAUCGCACUGCGGUCAACGGAAAUGUCCACCUGGAUACUCUGGUCCUAAAUGUCUGAGUUAUGUUGAUAAAAUACCACCAAAAGUAGAAUACUGUCCUGGAGAUUUAUGGGUAAUUGCUAAGAACGGAUCUGCAAUUGUAUCAUGGGACGAACCCCAUUUCAGCGACAACGUCGGCGUUGUGAAAAUUCAGGAAAAGAACGGCCAUCGACCAGGUCAAACACUUUUGUGGGGAGUGUACCAAAUUGCCUAUGUAGCUUCAGAUGCCGCUGGAAAUACUGCUCUGUGCACAUUUAAAGUAUCACUCUUAUCAGAAUUCUGCCCUGAAUUGCCAGAUCCCAUUGGAGGUGUGCAAACAUGUAAAGACUGGGGAGCUGGCGGACAAUUCAAGGUGUGCGAAAUUGGUUGCAAUCCAGGUUUAAGAUUUUCUGAAGAUGUUCCCAAGUUCUACACUUGUGGUGGCGAAGGUUUCUGGCGUCCUACAUCUAAUCCCAAUUUACCAAUGGUGUAUCCAGCUUGUUCCGCCGCAAAACCAGCUCAGCGAGUAUUCAAGAUCAACAUGCUCUUCCCGAGCUCAGUACUUUGUAAUGAAGCAGGUCAAGGAGUCCUCCGACAAAAAGUACGAAACGCCGUCAACUCGCUCAACCGUGAUUGGAACUUCUGUUCGUUCUCUGUGGAAGGAACUCGGGAAUGUAAGGAUCUCAACAUUGACAUAUCCUGUGACCAUCGCUCCAAUCGGAUCACUCGACAAGUUGCCACGGACGAUGAAGAAGAUGGUGGUACCUAUGUGAUUGACGCCGAAGUACCAGUACAACCCAAAAAUCGCCAAGGACGGCAACAAAUGAGCGAUACCUACAACAUUGAAAUCUCAUUCCCGGCCAUCAACGACCCGAUCAUCAACUCGAAUACCAAUGAUAGAUCAUCGGUUCAACGCUUAUUGGAAAUGCUCAUUUUGGAAGACGACCAGUUUGAUGUACGAGACAUUUUACCUAACACCGUACCGGACCCCAGUUCUUUGGUAUUAGAAUCAGACUAUGCUUGUCCUGUUGGACAGGUUGUAAUGGCCCCCGACUGUGUUCCUUGUGCAAUUGGCACAUACUUCGAAAAGGAUAGCAAGUCAUGUAUUCCAUGCCCAUUGGGAACCUAUCAAAGUGAAUCUGGUCAACUUCAAUGUAUUCAAUGUCCCACCAUUGCUGGACGUGCUGGUGUUACUAUUGGAUUGGGUGCAAGAAGUGCAGCUGAUUGCAAAGAACGUUGUCCUGCUGGAAAAUACUACGAUCACGACGCAGGUCUUUGCCGCAGUUGCGGACACGGUUUCUUCCAACCAGAAGAGGGUUCCUUCUCUUGUAACAUCUGUGGACUUGGUAAAACGACGCGCACCAACGAAGCAGUUUCCGCUAAGGAGUGCCGUGACGAAUGCGCCAGUGGAAUGCAACUUGCCUUGGACGGCAAAUGCGAGCCAUGCCCACGUGGUACUUACCGCAUGCAAGGAAUACAAGCAGCCUGUAUUGCCUGUCCAUUAGGGCGCACCACUCCUAAAGUUGGCGCUUCCAGUAAUGAAGAAUGUUCACUGCCUGUGUGUACACCUGGCACUUAUUUGAAUGGUACUUUGAACAGCUGCAUACCUUGCAAAAAGGGAUGGUACCAACCAGAAUCCCAGCAAACCACCUGCAUUGCCUGCCCACCGAAUACCAGCACAAAGGGUACAGCCGCCACUAGCAAAGCUGAAUGUACUAAUCCAUGUGAGAUGAAUGGACCUGAGAUGCAUUGCGAUUCAAACGCAUACUGUUUGUUGAUUCCCGAAACAAGUGACUUUAAAUGCGAAUGCAAGCCUGGUUUCAACGGUACCGGUAAAUUCUGUACGGACGUAUGCGAAGGUUACUGUGAGAAUGAAGGAUCAUGUGUAAAGGACGUUCGCGGUCAGCCUACUUGCAGAUGCAUUGGUAGCUUCACCGGUAAACACUGCGCAGAGAAAUCUGAAUUUGCCUAUAUUGCUGGUGGUAUAGCUGCAUCGGUGAUUCUCAUCAUCUUCAUCGUUUUGCUCAUCUGGAUGAUCUGCGCUCGUGCCAAUCGUCGUCGAGAACCGAAGAAACUCCUCACGCCUGCGACAGACCAAAACGGAUCGCAAGUUAAUUUCUACUAUGGUGCUCCCACUCCCUAUGCUGAAAGCAUCGCGCCCAGUCACCAUUCCACAUACGCUCAUUACUAUGAUGAUGAAGAAGAUGGGUGGGAAAUGCCGAACUUCUAUAAUGAAACAUACAUGAAGGAAAGCCUGCACAAUGGUGUAAACGGCAAGAUGAAUAGUCUGGCACGCUCAAAUGCCAGUAUCUAUGGUACUAAAGAAGAUCUAUAUGACAGAUUAAAACGUCACGCUUAUCCCGGAAAGAAAGAUAAGAGUGAUAGUGAGAGUGAAGUGGGGCAAUAAGAAUGACAAUCGAGUCUAGACUUCUGGUCAAACAUGUGAAUACGCUCAAAAAUUGUUUUUGUUUUAAUUAUCAGUUGACCAAUUAUGUUUAAUAGUGUAGACCAUAGACGUGUGUGUACUUUUAUAUAUAAAAAAUCUAUUCUUCAUUUAUUUAGCGCUAGGCGUAUGUUUUCAAUAAUUCAUUUUACUGAACAUGAAACGGCAAAAAUAUAUUUGUUCUCGAACCAUUUCGGAAAUUGUCGUAUAACGUGUACAAUAUUGAAAUGAUUCCUGAACGAACUAGGCUAAAGAUCAUGAAAUUUAAUUACGAGUAGAAAACUUGUAUCUGAAGACAUGCAUCAUUAUUAGUACUUGUUUCACUAGGUUUUUAAAUCGCUCAUAUUUAUAUUUUGUAAUUAAUAAAGAAAAACGUAUUUUUAGUCACGUACAUUACGCUAUUCUAAGCUAACGCUAUGUAUAAAGACGUAAAGAGAUGAAUGUUAUAGUUCGUAUUUAUAAAAACUUAAUAAGAUAAAUGUUAUUUGUGUGUGUAUAUGAUUAUAAAUAUUUUGUAUAAGAAUGACUGAAUAAAACAACAAGUGCAACACAAA